AGUUUUGUGCUUCCUCGGCUGCAUGCCUGUGCUGUGGCGCAAGAGUUUCUGGCCGACGAUCGGCCCGUUGUUUGGCGCGCUAAAAGAACGCCUCAGAGUUCGGGCGUGUUUUAGUGUGUGCGUUUCGGUUUCGAUUUCCAUCUGCCUGCUGCGCGAGAGCCGGCCGCUUCAAAUCCAACUGCUAAGUGCAGUGUCGAGGCGGAAAAAAAGUCCGUUUACGAACAAGUACGUGUUUUUGAAACUCUUGCGCCUCGUCGCAAAACGCCGGACGGAUAUUCUUACGGAAAUCUGUGUUGUCAGUUAUCUGCGUAGAGUGCGUGACAACGGAUGAUUAGUGAACAUUAUUGUUAUUGACGAAGCGUAAAUCGUGGUGGAAAAGUUCUAUUGAGAAUCGCACAAGUUUGACCUUGCGCAAGUGACAAUAGGAAACGAAUUAGAACGAGUUUUUCAAGAUGGCGCCUCCGGUACCGGCUGCGACGUUUCCCGUAGCGAUGGCAUUUUCGAGGGCGGAUUUCAAUAGUGUUUCAACAACGGUCAGUAGUGGGUGCCCUACCGGCAAAGGAUACCACUUCAACGAGGACACGCUUAGGUUGAUUGACUGCGUAAAAGCCCGGCCGGCUCUUUGGCACCGCAAGCAUUUGCGACAGCGCGUACAAGUUGCGCAUCGUGGUUGGGAAGAAAUUCGCCAAGCGUUCAAGGCCACCGAUGUAAAAUCACUCAAGGUCCGAUGGAAGACAAUCCGGGACAGCUUUCGGCGCGAAGUCAAACGCCUCGAGGACGGAGAAAUCAGUUCCUCCAGCUGGCCACUGUUUGACCGAAUGUCGUUUCUGAUUGGACAUUUCCGAACCGCCCGAUACUACAAGCGUGGGUCACUGUCGUCAGAUCCGGGCAAGGCCGGGGACGAAUCGUGGAAGUAUAAACAGGACUCGCUGAGUGAGGAAGAUCACUCGGUUGCUGCGAUGAUCGACAGCGAUGGUGACGUGAUUGGGUCGGAAUAUGGAGCAUUACAUGGCAGCGGAUUUAGCGGUGGGUCGUUGAUCGCCGACAGUGAUCCUGAGGAUUUGACCGCUUUCGAGCCAUUGCCGGUUGCUGUGGUGGACGACAAUAGUCAGCACGAAGCUGCACACGAUCCUGACCUGAUGGAAGUACCUCCACUCAUUUAUGGUGAAGUUACCUUCAAGAAUAAACUUCGAGCGAGGACGAGAGCAGAACCGAAACCUGAACCAAAACCAGAAAUCAGCUGUGAGUCGGAUUCGGACUAUAGUUUUUUAAUGAGUUUGCAUCCGUUUAUGAAAAAAUUGUCUGGAAAGAAAAAUUUAUCUGUGAGAAUCAAAAUACAGCAAUUAAUUGCUGAAGCAAUGGAAGAGGAAUAAUUGGUUUAGGUGUUAAUCUGCUGGUAUUUAAAAAUAAUUUUAAUUGAUGAAUUUAAACUAAUGAACUCAAAAAAUACUGUUAAAAAAUCGUUGAAUAAAGGCUGAUUUUUUUUUUUGGAA